UCGAGCCGUACGCAGCAGCAGCAGCAGCAGCAGAUUCGCCCUCGGGGCUUUUUUCCUCCCCGACCGUCGACCAUAACUAACAAUUUGGAUUCAGCGCGGGGAUGAGAGCAAUUACUGGACAUAAUCUAUCAUAAUGUCUCCUCUCCGAUCGACUGAUAGGCAAAUGAGUGGAGAAAUGGCUGCAGAGAUCUGAGUCCUCCCCGGGUGCGAGAAGUAUUGGCUGUUUUAAAUCCAAACUCAAAAGAAGAAGAAAAGAGGCACUUUGAUUUCACGGAGGAGCAGAUUGGCGGACACAAUGCACAGAUCGGUGGAUUUUACGCACAGAGAGCCGCUGAGUGCGUUUGAUUUGGGAUUACUGUGACAUACAGGGGCUCUUUCUUUUUUUUUACGGGGGGAGAUUUUUUUAUUAGGAGUCUUCUUCCUCUCGCUCCUGAUCGCUAUCCUCCGGAUCCUGCAGGACUCCUGAGCCCAUGCAGUCGCCAAGGGAGAGGAGUGAAGUGCGACCCCGAGCUGGAUGGAUGGUUAUGGGGGAAAGAGGAAGACCGUCGGCGCUUGACGUAUGCAGAGUCCUGGCCGUGUUUCUCUCACUCUUCCCCUGCGUGAGUCUGCAGUGCAAGAUCCUCAAGUGUAACUCUGAAUUUUGGGCCUCCACCUCUAACUCCGGACCAGAGGAGGAGUUUUGCACAGCGCUGCGAGCAUACAACAGCUGCGUACGCCGAACUGCUCGAACCUGUAGGGGCGACCUAGCAUACCAUUCUGCCCAGCAUGGCAUAGAAGAUCUCAUGACCCAACACAACUGCUCCAAGGAGGGGCCAACAUCACAACCUCGUGCCCGCACCCCGCUCCCACCUCCACCACCGCCGCUCCUACCUGACAGCCAGGAACGCUCUGAUGGCCCAGAAGUGUGCCACUACGAGCGCAGCCUGACACGCAACACAGCCACGCCUAACUACACUCACUGCGGCUUCUUUGGAGACCCUCACCUCCGAACCUUUGGAGAUGAUUUCCAGACAUGUAAGGUGGAAGGAGCUUGGCCGCUCAUCCACAACAAAUACCUGUCUGUACAGGUGACCAACACUCCUGUGGUGCCAGGCUCUAUGGCGACUGCCACAAGCAAGCUGACAAUCAUCUUCAAGAACUUCCAAGAAUGUGUGGACCAAAAGAUGUACCACGCAGAGACAGAUGAACUUCCUGCUGCUUUUGCAGAUGGCUCCAAGAACGGAGGGGACAGGCACGGAGCAAACACCUUGCGCGUGGUGGAGAAGGUACCGGGGCAGCAUGUGGAAAUCCAAGCUAGGUACAUCGGGACGACCAUCGUGGUUCGGCAGGUUGGCCGCUACCUGACAUUUGCCGUGCGGAUGCCAGAGGAGGUUGUGAACUCUGUAGAGGAAGGCGAUAACCAGGACUUGUACUUGUGUCUACACGGCUGCCCUGCAAACCAACGCAUUGAUUUCAGGAGCAUCAGGCCUCAAGGGGCAGAGUCUCAAGGCACAAGCAGGAGCAGGAGCAGCUUCACCUAUCAGUCUGCCAAGGCCAAGUGCAAAGAGCGACUCCCUGUGGAGGACCUGUAUUUUCAGUCCUGUGUCUUUGACCUCCUCUCGUCUGGAGACAUUAACUUCACCAUGGCAGCCUACUAUGCCUUUGAGGAUGUAAAAAUGCUCCACUCUAACAGCAACAGAUACCACAUCUUUGAAAAGGAUGCUUUUAUGAACAGCGCAGCACAAAAGAGCAAAGAUUCACUCUUCUUCCUCAACAUCCUUGCUGUGUUGUUGUGGAUUGAGUGCUGCACAGUUCAUCUAUAGUCCCUUUACAACAGUAUCCUCAUUUAUCUGUCAGUGAGUGUUAGAGUACCAUCGCUGUGUUGUUCAUCGGCCACUCUCCUCUGCUCUGGUGCUGUGACGUGACCGGUGGCUACCGUGCAGGCUCAUCCCAGCUCUGAGUCUCAUGUUUUAGUGUUAUUGUCGUGUUUGGACUUUAGUCAAAUGACAAGGCAAAUUCACCAUGGUCCCAUCAAUCAUCACGUGUAUUUAGCAGGUUCAUAGGGCUGGUCUUUGAUGGAAGCAGCGGUGAGAGAGCCCAGCGACUCUGGAGCUCAGGACAUCCACCUGGGAUUAAAUCCCACAUUUUCACUGGUCACAGGCUGCGUGCCUAUGAGAAGCCAGACAAGAUGAUCUUUUGCAGAAAGAGGGGUUUGCUGAUCCUCCCACCGCCUGAUCCCCUCAUUGGUUCAGAGCCAGUGAGGCUCUCUAUGGCAAAGCGAGAGGACCUGACAAGGCCUUUUGUUAACCUAAGGCCAGAAGCAGCUCUAUGUUUGAUUAGUUUCCAGCUUUGGAAAAGCCUGAGCCUUUUUUGGAGGAAGCUCUCGGCCAAAAGGAUGUCAAAGCAGCGUCUCCAGUCGUCUGCUGUGGAGAUUAAUGGGUCAUAUUGUUAGGCUAUGUGUGUGAGUGUGUGCGGGUGCAUUAGUACAAUAUGAGUACAAUAUGUGUGCAGAAUUUAGCGUCUGUUGUUAAUUUUGUGUGUUUGUGCGGGUGUAGUGGUUCCCAGAAAUGAGAUAACAAACGUUCAGUUGGAAAAAAUCUUUCCAGGUCUUCUUGUUGCACCGAAAAUUUCACAAAUUAAGAAAAAGUGCUUUGUUAAAAGUUGACUCUCAUCAGCCAUGGAGUGAAUCCUAAAAGGGAUUAUAAUUAAUCUCUUCUUAUCUGUAUGCCAUUUUCAGUGUCAUAGUCUUUUGCUCCAUUGUUUGAAAGACGUUGAUCAGACAGGGUUUUGUAUUUUCAGUCUUCAAUGUGAAUGUAGCGAACAAGAAAGCAAAAGAACAACGUUAGCUACGGCACACCAGUGUUUACAGAUUUUACGAUCAGACCAAUCAAACUAUGACACCUCCUCUGAUGGUGUUCUGUGAAUUUAACCCUCUACUUCUCAGUUGUUGCAGUCAGUGCUUUUAGUACAAGCUGUAAAGACAUCAGUUUAGCAUUUUAUAGACUGCCUGUGUGCUGAUCUGACCAUGGCUUAGUGCGUAAAUGAUAAGCGUAUGUCGUAAACGUGAUUUCAUGGCUUAAGUCAUUGCCAAAGAACAAGCCCUCGUGCCAACUUUUCCCCCAAAACUGAAUCAUCAUCAUUCAAUCUUAAGGUACUCUCAUUAAGGGGGGUUUGCAACUGUAUUUAGCUUGUGCAUUUGUGGGGAAUUAGUGCUAAGUAGACAAAUACAGCAACACAAUCUAAAAGAAGCUUUUCUGUCUUUUUUCUGCAGUCUCACCUUUGUUUUUCUUCUGUUUCAUGAAUACACUCUUAACCACCAGAGGUUUCCAUUUGAGCAGUAUCUGGUAAUGUGUAUGUCACUCUUGAAGAUCCUGUUUCUACUUGGGCACAGUUUUUCUUCACUCAUCCUUUACACUGAAGUAUUUGGCAGGCCUUACUACUGCUAUUAGGAAUAGGCAGUUUGACAACUUUAAAAAAUCCUACAAACAGAUGAUUGUAAUGUUGAAUCUUGUGUUAAUAGAUGUAAUUUGUAUUGUGAGUUUUACAGUCAAUGGUUCUACAUGUGUAAUGUGAGAUUGUACAUAUGUUCUGUGAGUUUAAACUUGUAUAUAACCAGUUGUGUUAAAUUUAACACUCCAGUUUUUGUACAUCAGAUGUUUGGUGAAUGUGAACCUUUUUUAUUUUAAAAGGGAUUUUUUUUUUUUUCAAAAACAUGAACAGCACAGAAAAAGCUCUUCUUCACUAAAUAGAGUAUACUGAUGUAGUUGUAGUGAAUAUAGUUAUUUCUGCUCUGUCACGGAUGGGUCACACUAAACACUUUAUAAAUGCAGCAGGCUAACCUAUAAAGGGAAUGUAGGAACGUGUUCUGUGUUGUUCAUGUUUUUGAGUUUAAAGCACUUUAUGUUUACAUUUUUAUUUAGCUCUUAUUUUAAGUUUUUGUCAGACUGGUGAAAAAGAUUUUAAAAAUUAGCUGAACAGGAAAUGCCAGACAGAUCAAAGUGUGUUUUUAUGUAAAGAAAAUGUUGUGCCACACGCCAGCUGUUUAUAAUGUAAUAUUAUUUAUUGAA